GCAGCUCAGCCUGGCCUCUGUAGCCCAGCCUUCUCGCUGUACCGUUUCCUUUUCUGGGUUGGCCACCCUUCAAGACUCGGCGCCUCCUCUUCCACCCAGUGCGGGCUGUGUUUACAAGCAGCGUGAGUGAGGAGACUGUUGGUCGGGGAGUAAACUGCUUGCCUUUCCCCGGGGGAGGGUGGACAUGGUGACUGUGGCAGGGUGCAGCCGGGUGCUGAGGAGCGGUGUCAGGCCAUGGUUGCUUCCAGCAUCAUGGGUGGCACAGCGCAGGGCUCCCAAAGCCCAAAGCCCUGGCCGCAUCCGACCCUUCCACGUCGCUAGUCCAGCACUCGACAUCAGCUCCUUCAUGCCCGAAGCCGGCUCCUUCCCCGGGGUCAGGUCGUACGCCGAGCUGCUGGACUACUCCAUGGAGAACGCCGACAGCUUCUGGGGCACCCUGGCCAAAGAGAGACUCUCCUGGGACCGGCCCUUCCAACGGGUCGACGACUGUGACUUCAGCAGAGGCUUCAACUCGUGGUUUGUGGGAGGACAACUCAACGUCUCAGUGAACUGUCUAGAUCGUCAUGCUAUCCAGUCCCCCAACAAGGUGGCUCUGAUCUGGGAGAGGGAUGAGCCAGGCACUGAAGUAAGGAUCACAUACAGGGAGCUUUUGGAGACCACGUGCCGCCUGGCUAAUACCUUGAAGCGCUACGGUGUACAGAGAGGAGACAGAGUUGCGGUCUACCUGCCAGUGUCUCCACUGGCCAUAGUAACAAUGCUGGCGUGCGCUAGGAUCGGUGCCGCACACAUGGUGGUCUUUGCGGGCUUCAGCGCACAAGCUCUGGCUGGAAGGAUCCAAGAUGCCCAAUGCAAGGUGGUUAUCACCUGUAACCAAGGAGUCCGUGGUGGACGUGUAAUCGAACUGAAGAGGACGGUGGAUGAGGCAGUGAAAGAAUGCCCCAAGGUGAAACAUGUUUUUGUUGGGCAAAGAACAGACAAGGAGGUUCCCAUGGGGGAGCUCGACAUCCCACUUGAGGAAGAAAUGGAUAAGGAGGAGCCUGUGUGCAAGCCUGAAUCUAUGGACAGUGAGGAAAUGCUCUUCCUGCUCUAUACCUCGGGGAGUACAGGGCAACCCAAAGGACUGGUACAUACACAGGCUGGGUACCUGCUGUACGCAUCGCUGACCCACAAGUACGUCUUCAAUUAUGAGGAAGGCGAUAUCUAUGGCUGUGUGGCAGAUAUUGGCUGGAUCACAGGACACAGUUAUGUGGUCUAUGGGCCGCUCGUCAAUGGAGGCACCACUGUGUUAUUUGAGAGCUCUCCGGUAUAUCCAGAUCCAGGUAGAUACUGGGAGAUGGUGCAGCGGCUGAGAAUCAAUCAGUUUUAUGGGGCCCCGACGGCUAUUCGGCAGCUGCUGCAGCAUGGAGACACGUGGGUGUCCAAGUAUGAUCGCUCAUCCUUGAAGACACUCGGCACAGUCGGGGAACCUAUUAAUUACGAGGCCUGGAAGUGGUAUCAUGAUGUUGUGGGGGAAGGCCGAUGUGCCAUCGUAGAUACCUGGUGGCAGACAGAAACAGGUGGAAUAUGCAUAUCACCACGACCUUCAGAGAAGGGAGCAAAGAUUGUGCCUACAAUGGCCAUGAGACCAUUCUUUGGCAUUGAGCUUGCCCUGAUGGAUGAGAAGGGUGAUGUACUGGAGGGCAAUGGUGUUACUGGUGCCCUGUGUAUUACAAAGCCUUGGCCGGGCAUGGCCAGAACUAUCUAUGGGGAUCAUGAGAGAUUCCUGACUACAUAUUUCAAGAAAUAUCCAGGAUGCUACUUCACUGGCGAUGGUGGUCACAGAUCAAAGGAAGGCUACUACCAGAUUACUGGACGGAUGGAUGAUAUUAUCAACAUCAGUGGACAUAGACUGGGCACAGCUGAAGUAGAGAACGCACUGGAUGAACACCCUGAUGUGCCAGAGACUGCAGUGAUUGGCAUCCCUCACGAAUUGAAAGGAGAAGCUGCAUUUGCCUUUGUUGUUAUGAAAGAUUCUGAGGCCAUUUCAAAAUCAGCCAUGGUUAAAGAACUCAAGUCACUCGUGGCAUCUAACAUCGCCAAAUAUGCUGUUCCUGACUAUAUUAUGAUUGUGAAGCGACUUCCCAAAACCCGAUCCGGGAAGAUCAUGAGGCGGGUGCUGAAGAAAAUAGUCACUGAGGAAACGACAGAUCUGGGGGACCUCAGCACACUGGAAGACAAAAGCGUCAUCGCAGAGAUCAUUGCCACCUACCAACAAUAUAAAAAAGAUUCUGUAAGCAGCCAAUAGGUUAUAUCAAGACUCUUAUAUACGUCCCCUCACUUUGACUCGUACAUACAGUGCCUGCCGUUCAGGGUGAUUAUUCAUUGUUGUACGGAUAAGCUAAUUAAACAGAUUCCAAUAUUUAUAAAUCAUUCCAAAACAAACAUGUGACUCUCUUCUAGCCUAUAUUUGCUCUUCUGACCCAUUAUCUGAGGCUCAGAGGAUUGCCACUCCAUGCUGAGUGUGAGUAUGUGGAUUGAUGCUACAGUUGGAUCGGGUGGAUAGACAAUUGUGUUUCUGCUCUUUAUUGAUUGUAACAUUUGGACUCUCACUCACUGAAUAGAGAUUGGGAAGAAUCCCGAGUGGUUUUGUUUGUUCCUUUUCUUAAUUUCCUUAAAAAAAAAGACAUCAAGUUUCCUCCCAAAACACUGGAUGUUCUCCUGCCAACUGAUAAAAGCGAUCCCUUUUCAGAAUUUCCUGACCUUACACAGUUGGUGUUGUUGUUGGUUUAUCAUUAUCAUGUGUAUCGAGAUAAAGUGAAAAUGUUUUUGAGUGCUAUCUAGUCAAAUCAGAUCUAGUACAAUCAAUCUAACAGGUAGUGCAAAGGAACAGAUACCAGAGUGCCGAAUACAGUGUUAGCAGUAUUAUGAGUGGUUUUGGGCCCCAUAUCUGGGAGGGAUGUCCUGGAUCUGGAGAGGGUCCAGAGGAGGUUUACGAGAAUGAUUAGUUUAGUUUAGGUUAGUUUUGUUUAGAGAUACAGUGCGGAAACCGGCCCUUUGGUCCACACUGACCGCACAUUAACACUCCUACACCCAUUAGGGACAAUUUUAACAUUUACCAAGCCAAUUAACCUACAAACCUGUACGUCUUUGGAGUGUGGGAGGAAACCAAAGAUCUCGGAGAAAACCCACGCAGGACACGGGGAGAACGUACAAACUCCGUACAGACAGCACCCGUAGUCGGGAUUGAACCCGGAUCUCUGGUGCUGCAUUCGCUGUAAGGCAGCAACUCUACCACUGCGCCACCGUGACCGCCUGGGGCUGAUUGAGUUAACGUGAUGAGGGUUUCAUGGCACUGGUCCUGUACUCUCUGGAGUUUAGAAAGUUAAGGGGAGCCUCAUUGCAACAUACCGAAUAGUGAAAGGCAUGGACAGUGUGGAUGUGGAGAGGAUGUUUCUGUUAGUGAGAGAGUCUAGCAUCAGAGGGCACAGCCUCGGAAUAAAAGGACGUACCUUUAGAAUUGAGAUGAGGAGGAAAUUGUUUAGUCAGAGGGUGGUGAAUGUGUAGAAUUUGUUGCCACAAAUGGCUGUAGAGGCCAAGUCGGUGGAUAUUUUUAGAUAGAUCAGCCAUGAUUGAAUAGCGGAGUAGACUCAAUGGGCUCUGAGCAUUGGUGCAUGAUACUGGUGUUGCUCUUAAGAAAGGAGCAGAGGCUGGGGCCAUCCUCAAUUGUUCUCCUUGGGCUAAGAUGACUAUUGAUCUGGAGAUGAUUCUUGCACACUUUCUUGGUCAAUUCCCCUGGAUGAUACUAGUCGAGGUGAAAUAACCCAAAGUGCUGGAGUAACUCAGCAGGCCAGGCAGCAUCAGUGGAGGGAAUGGACAUAUGACAUGCCUUUUUCAGCGUAGGCAUAUUUUUUAGGAGAUUUCACAACAAAGCAGUAAAUGGAGACACAAAGAACUGCUGGAAUCCUGGUCAAAACAAGUGCUGGAGGAAUUCAGUGGGUUUAGUGUCUCCAUACUCCACUCCAAUCCAGGCUCAGUGACUGGUUUCUUAUGGUGUCAAUUUACUUGCAAAGUGUAGCUGCUUGUGUUGCUCAAAUGUAUUCAGUAUUAUUGUAUAUUACCAACAAAGUCUUCAAAUAAUGAACAGUAAAAUACAAACAUAUACUCCGCAAAUAACAGCAAUAAAUCUGCAUUCUGAGACAUUUUUAGGAUAUUUCCAAUGAUGUUUAAUACUUAGAAUGAAGGUGACUUUCUUAUUUCAAAUAAAAUACUAUGAGUUGUUUUUUCAUAAUGUUUACCUUCAACAAUAAAAUGGAAUUCCACAAAAC